AUGAAAGCAGCCCAAGAUAUACAAAAAUCGUACAACGAUCUCCGACGUUGGCCUGAUGAAUUUGAAGCGGGUGACAAGGUUCUACUUCGUGUGUCUCCAAUGAAAGGAGUAGUUCGCUUUGGUGCUCGUAGAAAGUUAAGCCCACGUUUCAUAGGUCCUUAUGACAUUGUGGAGAAAGUAGGGAAGUUAGCCUAUCGGUUAGCAUUGCCUAAUGCUCUGGGUAAGGUGCACGACGUUUUUCACAUUUCUCAGUUGAAGCGUUACGUCGCAGCCUCUUCUCAUGUCCGUAGUACUCGUCGGAGGGAUAUCACCAUGGUUAAAGUAUUAUGGUCCAAUCACCGCUCACAAGAGGCAACCUGGGAGACGGAAGACUCCAUGCGAGGGAAGUAUCCUCACCUUUUCUCUCAGUAUGUGAUGGAUGUUCACGAUGUGUGUGGUAUACUAGGUGUGGUUGUAAUUUGUAGCGAUGGCGAAUCUGCGACGGACUAUACUUCAUCACAUUUGCGACGACCAUUUUUUUGUCGUCACUCUAUCUGA